GUAUCGUGUCUGGUUCCAUGUUGCUGAUCAAAGACUACUUCGACCUGAGCACUAUAUGGCAAGAAGUGAUUGUCAGUGGCACCGUGGGAGCUGCCGCCGUCUUCUCGCUGUUUGCUGGAUUUAUGUGUGAUUUCUUUGGUCGCAAGAUUACUAUCAUGGUGGCGUCCGUUGUAUUUGUGAUUGGGGCAAUCAUCAUGGGAGUGGCUCAAAGCAAAGAGAUCUUGCUGGUCGGCAGAAUUGUCGUUGGCAUAGGAAUAGGAUUCGCAUCCAUGACAGUUCCAGUGUAUGUGGCUGAGGCAUCACCACCGGCCAUACGCGGUCGCCUGGUGACCUUGAACCAGCUGUUUAUAACCAUCGGAAUACUCAUCUCCAGUAUUAUCGCAGGCGGCUUCAGUAGCAUGAAGACAACUGGAUGGAGGUAUAUGCUAGGACUAGCAGGUGUGCCUGGAGUAAUCCAGUUCAUUGGCUUUAUCUUUCUACCCGAGUCUCCCCGCUGGUUGGUGAUGAAAGGAAGAGAUGAACAGGCAGAGAAAGUGCUCCAAAGGAUCAGGGGAAAGCUAGACGUCAAGAGUGAAAUCAAGGAGAUACGAGACGCCGUCGAUGAGGACAAAAAGCAGGAAGGUUUUGUGCUGGGUCGAGUUAUCAGAACCCAACACGUGAGGAGAGCUUUGUUUGUUGGCUGUGGCCUUCAGGUUUUCCAACAACUGUGUGGUAUAAACACGGUCAUCUAUUACAGUGCCACGAUUCUCAAGAUGGCUGGUUUUCCUUCAGAAGCUGCUAUUUGGCUUGUUCUGGUUCCUAACGGCAUUAACUUUCUCUCAACUUUCAUUGGAGUUGUAUUGGUGGAGAGACUGGGCAGAAAGAAGCUCAUUGUCAUCAGUUUUGUGGGUGUUGUUACAGCUCUGGUGGUUCUUGCAGUUGGCUUCCAACUGUCGGCAAACUUUUCACCUUCAGUCAACCACAACGUGACAGAAUUUAACAGCAGCCAGGCAGUCGUGGCAGACGGCUGCUUUGAGAAAAAUUAUGAUAACUGUGAGCAAUGCAUUGAAAACACCAACUGUGGUUUUUGUUUUGCUGGGAGUGGUGAUCAUGGCACCUGUCUCAGGGUUCAGGAACAUGAGGAGGACACGCUGUCCAUCUAUGGUCGCUGCAGGAAUGAGACAGAGAAGGCAGCCCUGGGCUUGACGUUUUCUCAUGGCUAUUGUCCCACAGACUACACCUGGAUGGCAGUGUUGGGCUUGGCUUUGUUUGUCUUUGCUUUUGCUCCAGGUUUAGGUCCAAUGCCAUGGACCAUCAAUUCGGAGAUCUACCCCAUGUGGGCUCGAAGUACCUGCAACUCUAUGGCCACUGGUGCUAAUUGGAUCUGUAAUUUACUGGUUUCCCUGUUCUUUCUCACGCUGACGGAGACAAUCACUAAAUAUGGGGCAUUCUGGCUGUUUGCUGCAGUGUGCUUCGUGGGAUUGCUGUUCACCAUAACCUUCCUUCCUGAAACCAAAAACAAAACAUUGGAGCAGGUGGAGGAGCUAUUCAAGGCAAAGAAUAAAAGAGGAGCAGACAAUCUAGCUUAUGAAAAAGAGAUCCCACCUCCAAACAAUAGUAGUAACACAAAGCUCUAG